AUAUCAACAUCUCUUGACCUUUCUUUUUCUUCAGCACAUGGUGCUUGUUUAUUAGCAAGUCAACUUAUUAAAAAUUCAAGACCAAUUCAAGUUAUUGAUAAUUCUUCUCGUAUAACGACAGGUUCACUUAAUGAAAAAAAAUUUGUAUUGAGAAUGGAUACAGGAGAUACAACCAUAUCAUCGACCUACUAUUUUCCAAAUCAUUUAGUUGAACAACGGUAUACUGUUAAAUCAGAAGAAGACAAAACUAUUACUAAGAAACGUCAAGAAGAAAUGCUAAUUCAAGCUCUUCAAAAAUAUAAUGUUGUUGGUGAUGGAAAUGAAAAUAUUCAUUUGAAAAUAUUUAAAGUUGAAAGAGAAGAUGUUAUAAAACCUGAUGAAGAAAAAGGACUCUCAUGUACUAUGUUUAAAGAGUAUUAUGAAAAAAAUAAUGGACUGGUUAAUGAUUUAUGCCAAAGAAAAGCUAAAUUAUUAACGCGUCUUUAUAAAAAGAAAAAGAAUAUGGAACCGUCACACGUACAAGAAAUUUGUUCGACUAUUUCAUCUAUUCAAUUAGAAGAGAAAGAUAAAUUAGAUGAAAUUGAAAAUGAAUUAAAUUUAAAAUAA